GUUUGAUCUUGCUCUUCUACCUAGUGUUUUAUGGGUUCCUGGCUGCACUUUUCUCAUUCACAAUGUGGGUUAUGCUUCAGACGCUGAACGAUGAGGUUCCGAAAUACCGUGACCAGAUCCCUAGUCCAGGACUUACGGUGUUUCCAAAACCAGUGACCGCGUUGGAGUAUUCGUUCAGCAUGUCUAAUCCAAAAUCCUACGAAGGGUACAUCAAAGACCUGAAGAAAUUUCUAGAGCCAUACAUGGCACAAGAGCAGAAGAAUGUCACAGGCUGUCGGGACGGAGUGCUGUUUGAACAGAAGGGCCCAGUGUACGUGGCGUGUCCGUUUCCUCUUACGCUGCUUCAGCCAUGCAGUGGUACGGACGACCCUAAUUUUGGCUAUCCCCAAGGAAAACCCUGUGUCCUCGUGAAAAUGAACAGAAUCAUUGGAUUAAAGCCUGAAGGAGAACCAAUGAUAGACUGUACUGCAAAGGGUGAAUACAUACCAGCUUUAAACACCUAUCCUAAUCUUGGAGUUAUAGACUUAAAAUAUUUUCCAUAUUACGGGAAAAAACUUCACGGCGGGUAUCUGCAGCCGCUCGUUGCCGUCCAGCUCCCCUUUGAUCACAGCGGCUACGGCAAAGAAGUGACAGUGGAGUGCAAGGUGGACGGGUCGUCCAACCUGAAAAACCAGGAUGAUCGUGACAAGUUCCUGGGACGAGUUACGUUCAAAGUCACCGUGCACGCAUAGCCUGCGUAGGAGGCCCCCACAGAGGAAAUAUUGUGUUGUCUGUCCCUUCGUAUCAGCUGGACCUGCCAUUCUAGAAUUACGAGACCGCCUUGGGGAAAGGCGCGUGGUACGUGACACUGGGUGACAUCACAACGUGCCUCUGACCAUAGUUCAGUGUCCUCCGAAGUAACCGCCUGUCGCCUCCGCUGCCCUUUGAACCAGUGUACAGUCGCCAGGUGGGGACGGGGAACACCUGGCUCUGAGCGUGUAGAGCGGUCUUGUCCUCUCUGUGGUCUCAUCGCCAAGCGUCUAAAGCUUAACGUGUUGUGCUGUGUAAAUAUUGUAAGGAUUUAACACUGGUUAACUGUCAGAUUUCGAUGCCAACAAAUCUCUAGGGAUAAAAUGGUACCUGGCCAACAUCAAGUGACUUAACUAAGAAACAUGGUGUGUGAAGUUUUGUAUGUGAGGAGAACAAAGGAAAAUAAAAUGGAUUUGAAAGUAU